GGACAAGGACUUUUUUGUUUUCACUUUUGUUUAUUGCUAUUGCCAAGCUAUUUUGCAUAAUUAACCACAUUUUCGACACGUAUCAGAAAAUUAUAAAAAGAAAAUGGUUUUCAAAUGUCAAGAGGAUAGUUUUUUACGUCAAUUUACCACAAAAGUUUUGUCCUGUGAAGCCGCAACGCUUGACUGGAUUCCACCUGGUGAAAAUAAUGUAAAGAAAUUACAAGGCUAUAAUGUAAUUUGCGAGGAUACAAUUCUUUUUCCUGAGGGUGGUGGUCAGCCUUGUGAUUAUGGGCAACUUAAUGGACAACCAGUACGUUCUGUGAUACGUAAAGGAGCAGAAGCAAUACAUUUCGUUGAAACUUCAACUAGGUUUGAAGAAGGUGAUGUAAUAAAACAGUCGCUUGAUUGGAAUCGUCGCUUGGAGCAUAUGCAACAGCAUUCUGGACAACAUUUGAUAACGGCAUUAUUUGAUAGUGAAUUUAAAUAUGAUACCACGUCUUGGUGGUUAGGAUCGGACACCUCUUAUAUAGAGUUAGAUACAAAACAUCUUAUUAGCCGUGAGUCAUUGGAUUUGAUUGAGAGAAGGGCCAAUGAGCUAAUUCGUGAGGGUCGAGUCGUCACUGUGCAGCUGGAGGAUCCAGAAAUUGCUAAAGAGUUUCAAGAUGCUCGUGCUCCGCGGGGAUUACCUAAAGAUCACGUCGGAUUGGCGCGUGUUGUACGUAUUGAAGGUGUCGAGAGUAAUAUGUGCUGUGGUACACAUGUAAGCAACUUAUCACAGCUGCAGUGUAUCAAAUUGUUAUAUGCUGAAAAGAGUAAAAAUGCCGUAAAUGUGCACUUUGUGGUGGGUGAACGGGUACUUCGAAAGCUUGGAGAGAUCUUUCAACGUGAACUACAAAUGAAUUUAACACUAAAAGGUGGUCCCACUCAACAUUUGGAAUUGAUACAGAAAUUGCAGUUGAAUUUGAAAUCAUCAACAAAGGCAUUUCAAAAGUUGUUAAAAGAUGUAGCAAUUUCCGAAGCUGAAAAGUUGGAGAAUACUCCACAACCUUAUCCGAAGUAUUAUUGCCUUCAUCGCAAAGAUGGUAUAGAACCAGACUUUAUUAACACAUUUCAACGAAAUGCGCCCGAGGGUAUAUUCUACUUCCUCACUGUUUCGGAGAACUCAUCAAACAAUGGCAAGGGUCUCAUGGUAUUGAGAGGCAGCGAGAACGAAGUAAAAAAGUUUGGUGAGAUCUUUAUGGAGCUCUUAGAAGGCAAAGGCAAUGGCCGUGAUACAAAUUUUCAAGGCAAAUUCAACAAUGGAAGCAAAAUUCCCGAAUGUAACGCGAUAUUAGAGAAACAUUUUAACGGUGAUAAAAUUAAAAAAUAAGUUUGUUCGUAACAAAGUUGUUUUGACUUUAUUUUCAAUUGUCAAAUAAAGUUGUUAAAUUACAAGAAGA